AUGGACGCCUCCUCCCUCCGCAUCUCCAAGUUCGAUGGAACUAACUUCCACGCCUGGAAGUUCAAGAUGCAGAUGGUGCUGGAGGAACGGGACCUAUGGGAGGUCGUCAGCGGUGAGAUCAAGGCGGAACAGUGCGAGACUCAGUUGGACCAAGCGACGUACAAGAGGAAGUCAAGAAAGGCGAUGGCAGUGAUCUGUCUAGCCAUGGAAGAUUCCCAGCUACCGUUGGUCCGGUCGGCAAGUGGUGCAUGCGACGCAUGGUCAAGGUUGGAAGACCACUUCGAGAAGAAGAGUCUUGCCAACAAGCUGUUCUUGCGCCGUCGCUUCUUCACGACAAUGAUGGAAGAAGGCGACGAUGUGCUCGAACACAUCAACAAGCUCAAGACGCUGGCGGAACAGCUAGAAGCGGUGGGGGCUCCAGUCUGCGAGGACGAUCUGGUGAUCACACUCCUCGGCAGCCUGAGUGACUCGUAUCAAUUCUUGAUCACAGCUUUGGAGUCGCGCUCAGACACUCUUAGCUGGGAGCUCGUGACGUCUCGACUGCUUCAUGAAGAAAUGAAGCGGAAGGAGCAAGGAACGCAAAGGGCGACCAGUGAAGAAGUCCUGGCCGUGCCACAAUUGCGGAAAGAUUGGUCACUGGAUGGCGGAGUGCCCUCGCGCAUCCAAGAAAACACGGAGAGACACCGGCCACAGCGUGCUCAAGACAGCGGCGACCGCUAUCGAUCACAACGUGCAAACGUCGCUCAAGAAGAAGACUCGGGCGACUACCUCUUUUCGAUCGGUGAAACGACAUCUGCGAAAUCGAGCGACAUCUGGCUGGUCGACUCCGGGGCGACGCAGCACAUGACGUGCUCCAAGAAGUUCAUGCGGAACUACAAGGGGUUUGACGCUGUGGAUGUCCAUCUCGCGGAUGAUGGAAUCGUCCAAGCAAUCGGCAGUGGGGACAUUGUCAUGUCGAUGAAGACACCCCAAGGGAUGAAGAAAGGUGUGCUCACAAACGUGUGGCACAUCCCAAAGUUAUCCAGAAACCUGUUCUCGGUCGGCCGCUUCACCAAGGAUGUCGGCCCAGUGACGUUCACGAAGGAUGGGUGCUAUGGAGAAGCGAAAGGGACCAAGUGGAAAAUUGGUGCCCGUGAAGGUAAAGGACUGUUCAAGCUGCAAAUGACUCCAGUGGCGCCGGAACAAGCAAAUGCAGCCAAGUCGUCGGGAUGUCAAGGGGGCACCAAGUCGUACCUCUGGCACCUUCGGCUUGGCCACAUAGGUCACGAUGGACUCAAUUGCAUCGUGACGAAGAACAUUGGAAUUGGCAUCGACAUAUCUUCGGUGAAGAAGUGGGACGUGUGUGAAGGUUGUGCUCUGGGAAAACAGACUCGAGUGCGCUUCCAAUCAAACACUACAGCUCGCACCUCCAAACUCCUCGAAGUGAUUCACAGCGACGUAUGCGGACCGAUGUCGAUGGCAACUUUCAGUGGAAAACGGUACUUCGUGACAUUCAUUGAUGACAAGUCAAGAUACUGUGUCGUCUAUCUGCUCAAGAGCAAAUCUGAAGUUGCGGCGAAGUUCAUGGAAUACGCUGCGAUGGCCGAAACGCAACCGGAAAGCGCGUGA